UGAAAAACGAGAGGAAAAAGCCACGGCCACCGUCUUUGUGAAAUGAAACGCCACCUUCCACCAUUCAACGCAACAACGGCAUCGGGAAUCGGAAAGUGACUGAAAAAAUUCAGCCCCAACUCUACCGUGUGCGGCAAUAAAGAUGUCCGGUAAAAUUCCAGCAUCGCGACCGCUGGGAAAGCUCCGGAAUUCACUGGACGGUUGUUUGUUACAGGUUGUUGCUGCAAGCUUUUUCCAGAGGGGAAGAUCGAUUGUGAGGUGCGCAUCAUCAGAACCGGACGAAACACACCAAUCAAAUACCCAGAAUCCUCGGGGUCGUUAUUGUGGUGAAUACAUGAUGAUAGAUUGCCCUUUGAAAACAAUUGCCGGGAAGGAUAUGUCAUACCGGAAUCCUGCUGUAAGAAAGGCUAAUACUGUCCCAUCUAAAGGUCGCGGUACACCUCAGGUGAAAAUGAAAAUGAAAAAUAUUAUUUUAUCAAAAACUCAAAAAUGUGACACAUAUUGGCUUUGUAACAGGGAGGAAUCGUUGGGGUAUAGUUAAAAGAUGAAUUGUGAACUGGCCUCGGUGUUAAAAACCUCUUUAAAAUGUUUUAUUUUCGAUUCUCCUGAUUUUCACCGCGGAAAUUUUCUCAUGUUGGGGGAAUCGAAAUAAAAACAUUUUUUAGAAGUUUUAAACUCUGAGACCGGUUCAAAAUUCAGCUUUCAACUAUUCCUUAACUAUUCCACCAUGUUACAAAGUCAAUAUGUGUCACAUUUUUGAGUUUUUUAUAAAAUAAGAUUUUUCAUUUUCAACUGAGGUGUACCGCGACCUUAGCCUGGCAGCUAAGUGCAUCAAUCGCCAGAUUC